AGACGAAGACACGAACGACAAACCAUUUGCACCAGCCACGCAAGUAUACCUCGAGUAGUGUACCUUGUACAUCGAGUCUGAAGAAUUUUCAAGCAGAUUACGGACAAACGUUUCGUUAAUUCGGGUAUCGAACCCACGACGAUCAUCCACGGUGUUUCAAAACAAUCGAUUUUUGACAAGAAAAUUUAAUACCGGAUACGUCGCAUUCGAUUGCAGUCUCAACAGGAUCUUUAGCCAUGACUUCGUACUUGACACUGGCACUAGCUGCGGUUGCGAUUUCCGCAACGAUAUCCACAGCUCGAGUCAUUCCGGCAGAACCUCUGUCCGUGAUGCUCGACGCCUACGGAAACCCGGUUCUAUUCCUGAGGGAAAAACGGGCCCCGUUAAGACCCGUGGUUCCGCAACGUGCCAUGAUGUUCACAGGAUAUUACAGACCGGCGAGAAGAUCCGAAGACGGCGAUCAAGCCACGGGGGUAUUUGCCCAAGGGAAUUCAGUCAGUGGAGGAGCUUAUCUCGGCGGAAUUCCACCGACUGGCUUGAAAAACGGACCGGAACCGAUCGACGAACCCGAGUUAUCCAGCGCCCAGGCUGAAGCCGCACCGGAAGCUGCAAAUCCGAAUCUUGGAUUCCCUGACGAUGAUCAACAAGUUCAGGAACAACCCGAUGCCGGAUUUUCUCCCCAGAAACCGUCAGUAUUCACUGGCGAGAAUGAUGCGGCGUCUGGCGGUCACCUCGGAACUACUACUUUCAGUACUAGUUGCAAGGACCAGCCCGAGACGCCAAUUGCGAAUCCAGAGCCUCUGCCAAACGACGUGGAGGAAGGAGAAGCGGGCGUCGAAGCUCCGGAGGAUUCUGCAGCACCGGAAGAAGCGGGUCAGCCACCAGCUCCCGAGGGUCCGACGGUGUUGGCGCAGCGUCCGUCGGUAAAGAAGGGGAAAAAGCGACCGAUCGUUCCGGAAGCUGACGAGGAUGACGAGGACGACUUCGAGGACGACGAAUCCGUCGCGCCAUCCUGGCCGGUCACCGGAAACCGACGACAGGGCGGCUACGUUCCCAACCUGAACAACUUCUUCCCCAUGAUGUUCAGCUUCCCUGGAAUAUCCAGGCGCGCUGGAUCCUCGGGUUCGCUUCCUGGCGUCGUCACUGCUAUCGCCAACAGCUACUCAACCGGGAAAAGCGGCGUUGCUAGUUCCAUUGCUACAGCUUACGGCGGAGCUCCGAACGGGAAGAAGGCGAGGCGCACACCUGUUGCGGAGGAAUAAAUCUCAACCUGUCCGAACAAGAGUCUGAAAUGUCAAUGUUAAAGCCAAGUAUAUACGCACACACACAUACAUGCAUAGACAUUUUUUCUACAACUCGAUCCGCGAACGUGAAGAAAGACACGAAGAACUUCUGAAAUUCCAGUUUUGGCAACUUCCAUACGACAACUUUUUAGGCAGAUACGAGGUGGCCGAAAAUCGUGUCACAGAGAAAAUAUUGUCAUGUAUUUAUAUAAUACACAAAUAAUUCGAUUCCUUUUUACGCAUGUACGUGAAAUUAAAGUUUACAUAUUAAAUAAAUACACAAAAAAUUGAAAUUUAAUCUGUGUAAAGCGAUGACGUUUGUCUGGUCACAGAAAAAUAUGGAAAAUAAAUAUACUUAAAAUAUA